UUCGUCGCGAAUCGCCCAUCACUAGUUUGCAGUCGGUCGCCCGCGCGCUCUCUCCCUCUUCCCCGACCUGCCAUGGAUGUUACGCCGGCUAAAUAUGCGUUCAUCAUUAUUUUGCUCCACUUUCAGCACACAAAGGCUCUCUAUAUCACCGACAGCAUAGAUUCCCUGCAGCAUGUCCUGAAGGAGUACACCCUGGUGAAGCCGGCGAGCGUGGACACGGAUGGACGAUUCCUCUCCCACGCCGUCUCGGCUGACCGCCUGAGUGGGCUGCAGCACCGGCGCAGGAGGCGAGACGCUCACGAGCACACGGGGCCUGAGCACCACGAGACAAUCUUUUACAAUGUCACUGUUUUCGGACAGGAGUUUCACAUGCUCUUGAGGCGCAACUCGCGCUUGGUGGCCCCGGGAGCAACUCUAGAGUGGCACGAGGAAGAUAACCACACCUGGACAGAGCCACUACUGCCAAGCAAAUGUCUGUACGUGGGCCACGUUACUAAUGUACCAGAUACUUCAGUGGCUAUUAGCAACUGUGACGGCCUGGCGGGCAUGAUCCACGCAGGUCAGGAGGAGUUCUUCAUCGAGCCACUGGAGAGAGGAGGCGACAUGACAGGAGAGGAGGAGGGUGGAUCCGGGCGACAUCACAUCCUCUACCGCUCGUCUGACAUCAAGAAACCAGCCAUCAGUCAUGCCGACUAUUUUCACCCCAGAGGUUCAGUACUGGGUGGUCUGGCUGGAGUGAAAGCCAUAUCCAAAGGGCUAAAUCCAAAAGUGAACAGCAGCAGACGCGCACGCAGACACUCGUACCAAGACGAGAUCUACAACAUCGAGGUGCUGCUGGGAGUCGACUGCUCCGUGGUGCAGUUUCACGGCCGAGAGCACAUCCAGAAAUAUCUGCUCACCCUUAUGAACAUCGUGAACGAGAUCUACCAGGACGCCACGCUCGGCGCUCAUAUCAACGUCGUGCUGGUGCGAAUCGUGAUGCUCUGCUCGGCUAAGUCCAUGGGUCUGAUCGAGCUGGGAAACCCGUCUCAGAGUCUGGAGAAUGUGUGCCGCUGGGCUUUUCUGCAACAGAAAGAGGACGAGAACGAUGCAGAGUAUCACGAUCAUGCCAUCUUCCUCACCAGACAAGAGUUUGGACCGACGGGCAUGCAGGGUUAUGCUCCAGUAACAGGCAUGUGUCACCCAGUGAGGAGCUGCACUCUGAAUCACGAGGACGGUUUCUCGUCUGCUUUUGUGGUGGCUCACGAGACAGGACACGUAUUAGGGAUGGAACAUGACGGACAGGGUAACGAGUGCGGAGACGAGGUUCCGAUGGGAAGCAUCAUGGCCCCGCUGGUGCAGGCGGCUUUCCACCGCUUCCACUGGUCCCGCUGCAGCCAGCAAGAGCUCCGCAAAUACCUGAACACCUACGACUGUCUGCGUGAUGACCCGUUCGAUCACGAGUGGCCGUCUCUGCCUCAGCUUCCCGGUCUGCAUUACUCCAUGAACGAGCAAUGUCGCUUUGACUUCGGCAUGGGUUACAUGAUGUGCACAGCGUACAGCACCUACGACCCAUGCAAGCAGCUGUGGUGCAGCCAUCCUGAGAACCCUUUCUUCUGCAAGACCAAGAAAGGUCCUCCCAUUGAUGGCACCAAGUGCGCUGCAGGAAAGAACUGCUUCAAGGGUCAUUGUAUCAAGCUGACCUCAGACAUCCUCAGACAAGACGGACACUGGGGGCAAUGGACCGAGUUUGGCUCCUGCUCACGUACCUGUGGAGGAGGCGUCUGUUUCCGCACGCGCCAGUGCGACAACCCUAUCCCGGCCAAUGGUGGGCGCACAUGCUAUGGAAACAACUACGAGUUCCAGCUGUGUAACACCGAGGAGUGUACCAAGGAUCUUGCCGAUUUCCGGGAGGAGCAGUGCAAGAUGUGGGAUCCACACCUCGAGCACCAUGGGACCAAACACCAGUGGCUGCCGUAUGAGCAUCCUGACCCUGAGGAACGAUGCAACCUUUACUGCCAAUCUAAAGAAACAGGAGAUGUGGUACCCAUGAAGAGGAUGGUACACGAUGGCACACGCUGCUCUUAUAAGGAUCCCUACAGCGUGUGUGUGAGAGGAGAGUGCGAGAAAGUGGGCUGUGACAACGUGAUCGCUUCCGAGCAGGAGGAAGAUGAGUGUGGCGUGUGUGGAGGGAACAACUCCACCUGCAAGAUCGUUAAAGGCAACUUCACCCGGAGCACCAGGAAGCCAGGUUUCCUGAAGAUCCUGGAAAUUCCCAGAGGAGCGAGGCACGUCCUGAUCCAGGAGUUUAAAGGAUCUCCUCAUAUUCUGGCGGUGAAGAACCAAGCCACGGACAAGUUGUUCCUGAACGACGAGGGCGAGUUUCCUGAGACCAGAUCGGUGAUUGAGAAAGGUGUGCUUUGGGAAUACACAAACGAUGAUGACAUGGAAACAGUCCAGAGCACAGGCCCGCUGAGAUACGGAGUCCUCAUCAUGGUCCAGUCCCAUGGCACAUCUAAAGUCACUCUUUCCUAUAAGUACAUCCUCCCGGAGGAUCCUUCAUCCUCUAUGGAGAACAGCUUACCCCAGGACGACAUGGUGUACUUCGAGUGGGCUCUGAAGAAAUGGUCUCACUGCUCCAAGCCGUGUGGUGGAGGUAAGCAGUAUACGCGGUUCGGCUGCCGCAGGAAGUCAGAUGGUAAAAUGGUGCACCGUACGUUCUGCGCCAACAUUCCCAAACCCCGUGCCAUCAGUCGCUCCUGUAACGUGAAGCAGUGCUCCGAGCCCAUUUGGGUGACUGGAGACUGGGAGGAGUGCAGUAAGUCAUGUGGUAAGACAGGGACUCAGACUCGGCCUGUACGCUGCGUGAGGCCUCAGGAAGAUGGCACACACAAAACCGUCAACUCCAAAUACUGCGGCGACGAUCGUCCCGAGAGCCGGCGCUCCUGCAACCGCCACCUCUGUCCCGCUCAGUGGAAAACUGGACCCUGGUCCCUGUGCUCGGUCACAUGUGGUAACGGAACCCAGGAGCGGCAGGUGACGUGCAGCACUGCAGAUAACAUCGUGGGCAUCUGUAAAGACACCAAGCCUGAAAAUAUCCAGAGAUGUCUACUGGUGCCAUGUCCAAACGAUAAGGGCAACUUCCUGAUCCAGUGGCUUUCCCGGGCAGACCCCAAGUUCCCUGCGCCCAAGAUCUCCUCAAGAGUUCGCUGUAAAGGCGACAAGUCAGUGUUCUGUCGUAUGGAGGUGUUGAGUAAGUACUGCUCCAAUCCUGGCUACAUGCAGAUGUGCUGCAAAUCCUGCAGUGAAAGCAACUUCACCUCAAAUCUCACCCUCACCACCACCACCAUGUCUCCACACUCUCACCAUGUCCACACCACAUACCCCGUCACCCAAAGACCUAGCAGCACCUCAUCACCCUGGAGAUACACCACAACCCUGAACCCUCACAUCUACAGCACCCCGUUUCCCAGCACCUCCAGCUUCGAGGAAGCGGACGGUCCGAGCACCUCGUCGGACGAGGAGGACAUCACGGAACCCUGGAGAGUCGACAUCAUCGAGGAGGUCUCUUCAGAAUCCACGUCCGGGUUCGAGGAACUUUUUACACCCACCACUCGCUACGUCAGAACCGGAAAACCCGUCACGGCAUCGACUCUCCCGACGAGUCUCCCGACCGUUGUAAAUCUCCCCGAAUCCGAAGACAGAAAGGAGAACAACUCCAUCGACGUGGCGUACAGACUCGUUAACGGUAACGAAGUCAACCAGAACUACUUUAUACCUAAACAGCACGUACCUUUCCGAGAGAGAACGCAGAAUAAAAGAAUUCAACAGCUCCUUGAGGAAAAAAGGAGGCAAGACUUGUUUAAAAGACUCAAACGGAAACCCGGAGACUGAUUUGGUCGGGUUUUUGUUUUCUUUUCUUUCAGUGUCAUGGAAACACUUGAUGUCUCUGAGAUGUAUUAUAACAUCUGUGGUAAAAUUUCGCCUUCAGAAUUGCUUUUCCGUGCCAGAAAAUCGAUCUGUUUGCAUUCGUUUCUGUUUCUGAACGCUUUGCACUUUUGUUUUUUUGUUGUUGUUUUUUUUAACAAACGCCAUCCUGUAACGAACGCAGCCAUAGCGAUUCGUUUCGUCUGGGGAAAAAAAAAACAAAAAAAGGCUUGAUCGUUUUGCGAAGUAGAAUGAAAUAAAA